CCCUUUUUAACCCGUUUCAGAACUCUUUUGAAGGGAUAGUUCAUUAGAAACACUUGUAGGGAUGAGCCAGGGUUUGCAGAGUUGAACCUGCUGUAGCAGCAGCUCCCCGGUCAGGAAAACGGAAGGAAAAGCGCCCUCAAGCUGAGGGAGAUGGUAAAGGAUACGCUAAGGUCCAGAGCUAGCAGGAGAUAAACGGGAAGUCGGUGGGAAUUAGGCACGAAAUUGCCCUGGGUGCUCGAGGAGGCUGGACUUGAGUGGAGAGAUAGGAUCUAAACAUAACGAUAGCAAUCGCGGCUGCUGACGUCAUCUUCGGAUAAUCUUUCAUGUUAUGAAGAAGGUGGAUCCUUUCGUAGCCUUUCAUCUGGACAAGGCCCUGGUGAGCAAGUACAUGCGGCCACUCCUGAUCGGGGAGCUGGCGCCGGAUGAGCCCAGCUUUGAGCCCAGCAAGAACAAAAGGCUGGUCGAAGACUUCCGMGAGCUGCGCGCGACGGUUGAGAAGAUGGGGCUUCUCAACCCCAACCAGAUGUUUUUCAUGCUGUACCUCUGUCACAUCCUGCUGCUGGACGUGGCAGCUUGGCUCAACAUCUGGUACUUCGGAGCAUCCAUAGUGCCUUUCCUCUUCUCCGCGAUGCUGCUGGGUGUUGUCCAGGCCCAGGCUGGCUGGCUCCAGCAUGACUUUGGACACCUCUCCGUCUUCAGGAGCUCCAGAUGGAACCACUGGGUCCACAAGUUUGUGAUUGGCCACCUGAAGGGAGCACCAGCCAGCUGGUGGAACCACCUCCAUUUUCAGCACCACGCCAAGCCCAACUGCUUCCGGAAGGACCCCGAUAUUAACAUGCACCCCCUGUUCUUUGCCUUGGGAAAAACACUUUCKGUGGAGCUUGGUGUAAAGAAGAAGAAAUUCAUGCCCUACAACCACCAGCACAAGUACUUCUUCAUUAUCGGUCCCCCAGCUCUGCUGCCUCUCUACUUCCAAUGGUACAUAUUCUACUUUGUGGUGCAAAGGAAGCAGUGGGCGGACCUGGCCUGGAUGCUGACCUUCUACAUCCGAUUCUUUCUCACCUACUUGCCCUUACUGGGGGUGAAAGGUCUCCUGGGGCUUUUUCUGUUAGUCAGGUUCAUUGAGAGUAACUGGUUUGUCUGGGUAACACAAAUGAACCACAUCCCGAUGCACAUCGAUUACGAUAAGAAUGUGGACUGGUUCUCUACUCAGCUCCAGGCAACCUGUAAUGUUCAUCACUCCUUAUUCAAUGAUUGGUUUAGUGGACACCUGAACUUCCAGAUUGAACACCACCUCUUCCCCACGAUGCCUCGACACAACUACUGGAAGGUGGCUCCUCUGGUGAAAUCCCUGUGUGCCAAACAUGGCAUCGAGUACCAGUGCAAGCCCUUGCUCACCGCCUUUGCAGACAUUGUGCACUCUCUGAAAGAUUCGGGGGAACUCUGGCUUGAUGCUUAUCUCCAUAAAUAAAAAAGAGUGGAUCCCAGCAGAGCAAUUCCCCACCCUCGUUGCCUCCUGUGGUCAUCACCGUGAAGAUACCUCACAGAGGAGAGAGCUGGCUAAGCCGGAGGUGGGGAGAUGCCCCAGCUUAAUUCCAGUGAUGAAUGUAAUUAAUUAGGCUCUUUUUUUUUUUAUUGUAUUUUAUAUUUUAAGAUGUGUUCUUCUCGUGCUUCUUUCAUUCCUCUUCUCUGCUGCUGGGUUACAUGGAAAAAGUAGAAUUGGAGGAGGCUUCACCAAGCAGGAAGCGGCUUUGGGACAGGAAACAGCUACCUUUCUGUCUGCUGAUAUUUCCUUUCCUGAGCUUAUAGGGGAUCAUCUCCCACCUAAUAGGUUUUUGUGAGAUGGCUGCCACUAUGAAUCUACUAAGAGAGCUGGGAUCAGAGAACAGAGGAGUUUUUGAGAUGGGGAGACAGUAAGAAAAAAUUGGGUAGAUGCUACAUUUUCAAAUAUUUGUAUGCAAUUAAAUGGUGAUAGAAAUGCCCAAAGCGAGAGGGAGGAGGGAACAUGAGAGCCUAAAUGUAUGCCUGUGGGUGUGGGGGAAGCGAUGCAGGCAACAGUUCUGUAGAAUUAAGAAUUCUGUUCUGUAGAAUUAAGUGUGAGAAGAAGAGACCAAACUAGAGGAGAUCCUAGCUGAGAUAGAGACAUGGGAAAAUGUAGGUUCCUCCCUCUGCAGGUAAGUGGAUGGGGUGCCCUGGCGGGCCAUGCUCUGUGGGAAUGCCCAUGCCCUGCUCAUCCCUUUGACGGCGAAGGCCUUGGGGCUUCUUGCAGGUUUCUAGUUUCUCCCGGGUUUCUAGUUUCUCCUGGAGCUUCUGCAGGCAGUUGCCACAGCUUCAUGCUUCUGAGAGCUGUUGAACCCAUUACUCAUAGUCAGAAGAGACAGAAACAUGGGAAGUUUUUACUUGGGAUCCCUGUGUGGCUACUGAGGAAGCAAAAGGGUAGUCAAAUAGUCACUCUGUGGCYACCUGAAGCUUAAUUCUUUUUGAAUCUCUGUAUUAAUGAAUGGUUUGUUAAGUGGAGAGGACUUCUGGGCCACGGAGGUGUUCCUAUCCGAGCUGAGGGCAARUUUAGUGCAGUUGUUGGUGUUAGGGUUUAGGGAACUUUUAAAAUGAAUUUAAUCCAAUGAAUUUAAUCCUUCAGCCACAAGCCAGUGGGCUGCAUUCCCAUAGGCACGCAUCAGCCCGUACAUUGCUGGUCAUCCUCUGCAGGAGGAUGUGCCUUCAAAACACACCCCAAGAGGGCAUAUACUGCGUGCGCUGUUAGAGCAUUAGCCUUACUGGAUUUCUUUGUGGCUUACCAUUUGCUACACCAAUGUUACAGAUGCCAAACAGGACAUAGUGCUUGGUAUAACACCAAUGAAGGCGGCUCCAUCAGCUAUAUAUCUUUAAGCUUUUAACUUUUUUAACUGUGUUCUGGGGCCAGUUCCGUUUUCUACUGUCUUGUGUAGAUAAACUAAGUGUCUUUCCAUCUAUUCUGUGCUCUUUUCUUUACCCUGUAACUAACGGUGUUCAGUCAGUUUGCAUUACACAGUGUGCAUGAUUCCUUGACUGAAGUAAUGGGCUAGCUGGGUUUUUGUUCAGUGUCUACAAGGAGGUUGGCUUAGGAGGGAAUGGAAGACUUCCCAGGCCAAGACUGUUGUUAAGUGUGGAAUGAAAUUUUAGUGGAAAUAAUAAAAUUACCAUUAAAUCAUGGGUACUUGUUCUUAAAGGAAAUCAGUACUAGUUACUUUUUUGGUCCCCUUUUUCUAGCU